UGGGUCGUCUCCAAAUGCAAAGAAUGCUGCUAAGUUUGACUGCCCGUGCUGGACAGGGGCCUGCCAACUCAAGUUUGGAAUCUGGAGACGAGUCAAAAAGUCGAGAUGCACACCUGCGCGAACAACGCCCAGACUAGCGCCAGACUUGGAAACUAAGCCUUCCAGCUCAGGGAUGGUCCGGGCCCUUUACCGAUUUGUGUGUUACAAAUUCGUCUUUUUUGGAGGCGAUUGAGACUUGUGGCUCGGCGACUUCAGAAUUAGAGUAUUCAAGAUUCGGGACUGACAGAAGCCACGAGCGGGUAGGCUUGAAGUGGAUCUGCAACUUGGAGUUUCGAGUCUUGCUGAAUCCGCACCGAAGAUGACGAAUGACGAAAGUAAUGAGAUGACGGCAGGCGACUGUCGUCUGUCGCCUGUUUUCCCCAAGUCAGCCCAAUUGAUGCGCGCCUUGCCGCGCUACUUUGGAGAACGUAACGCUAUCGGCCGCUUGAUGAGAUGCUGCGUCGGUACACAAAAAAAUUGGAGAGAUAUGCACCAGCGACGCUGCUGUCAGGGGGUGUCCGUGCCUUUCGGGCUUGGGAUGAUGGGGCCCCUAGGUGCGGCUCCCGUGACGCUUCAGGUCCGCGACGGCCAAUCUCUGGGGAGGGGAGGCCACUGUUUAGAUCUGGUACUAGUCCCCAAAGAUGUGUUUUUUCUGAACUUGGUUAUUUGGGUUUUCUUUGCCUUUGAUGAAGAAAGAUUGUACAAUAUUCGGUUUUGCGACUCGGUUGCGAUUGUGCUGGCAAGCAUCAGAAAAAGCCUGGCUGAUGAUAGCUUUAGAAGUUUGAAGGCUUCAAUAGCGCCAGGAUAAGGCUCUAAUUUGUUGCGGGAGUUGUCCGGGAGCGGAUAGGUGACUAUGCGGGUCACAAGGUAACAACAAGCUGGGGCGGAUACUGGAAACAAGUUCGUGC